UUGGGCUCUAAGUCAGCCUGCGAGGGUCCAAGCCACAACUGUAUUUCUUUUGAGCACUGGGACCUUGGGUUUGCUAUGUAACCUCACUGAACAUCAGUUUCCUCCUUUGCGAAAUGGGGAUUAUUAAAGAACCCACUUCCUAGGGCUUCUGUAAAGAUUGAGGGUAAUUCGUGCAUAGCUCUCACCAUAGUACCUGUACAUAGAUAGGGCUUAGAGAGAUAUGCCCUAUCUGACCAGCAUCAAGGGCAGCUGUGCCAUGUAGUCUGGACAAUUAGUUAUCUUCAGUAGAAGUCUCCACUUUUACCACUUUACUGGGAAACCAGGAUCUUUUACAGAGCCCUCUCUGACCUGGAAUAUAACAGCAAAUAAGGAAUUAUAGGAUCUCUAUAUGUUUUCUGUCAGCCAUUCCUUUGCAUAUACACAGCCUUGUUUGCAGCAUAAGAAAUCUCUUUACAGUAUUCUCUCUGCUACUGUCAGCUUGGCACUUGGACACCUGUGACACUGGGCCUCCCAGACUGCCGCCUAGUAUAUUUACAUUUGUUGGAAAGGUUGUCCCUUCAUGUCUCUAGGAGUAGAGCUGCCCUGUGCAUUUGUGCCUCUGGUUGUCCUGGCAGUCACUUGGGCAUCUCUCUCUCUCUUGUGUGGUAAAGAUACUUUAGGGGGCUUCAGGUCAGUGUUUUAGGUACCAGAAAAAUGGGAGGUCCAGAAACUAUAGCCAAAGCCAGGAUAUUUGGCUAGAUGAAAGUCUCUUUUCUCUUUUUGCCUGAAUAACACAAGCAUGUUAGUAGUGUUAGACCUGGCAUGGCAGACACAGUCCUUGUGGAGGAGUUAAAAUUUUGGGCCAGCAAGGGGUGUGCAUUAGGCUCACAACUGAGGGUUCUAGGCUGUGGUUUCCCAGAGAAUCACUGAGGGACCAUUGGAGUGAAGGAGGACUAACAGAGGGAUGGGAGAUUUUAAUCAGUGCAUUAGAGGAUGCGAAAAGAAGCAAAGUCAAAAGGAACAAACAUCUAGAAAACACAUCUGAACACACUUUUGGAGAUGGAUUCUCCACAAACAGAAGAACGUUCUAUGUAGGUGUCACCAUGAGCUCCAAAGGCCCACAACCAGAGCCCUGUCAGCCUGGAAACCGAGGGUCGUGCUCCAUGGCUCUGACCGCUAGGUGGUGCCUCAGGCCCGCAGCUGGGAAAAGAGCAAGUCUGGGGAAAGAAGCAGCCCCAGGCCUCCCAUUCAGGGUCCCCAGGGAACUGUGACAUGGAGGCUGGGCUCUGAGGCUGCUUAAAGGCAAAGGAGCCACGACUAGGCUCCAGGCAUCUGUGUGCUCUGUGUGACAGCAUUUAGGCUCCUGGAAGCGGUCCCAACCUGUGGAUGUCAGGUGUCUAGGCUGAGCCAGUGUCCUGAGAGAAGGGCCCACGGGGUGCUGUGCAAAGAGAAGAGGCUCAAGGGAGAGCACUGGAAAUUUGCUGUCACGAAGAGUAGCAAUGAAUUCCUCAUUUCACCUGUAUUUCUUGGAUCUCAACCUGAAUGCCACAGAGAGCAAUCUUUCGGGGCCAAAUGUCAAGAACAAGUCUUCACCAUGUGAAGAUAUGGGCAUUGCUGUGGAGGUGUUUCUGACUUUGGGUCUCAUCAGCCUUUUGGAGAACAUCUUGGUCAUAGGUGCCAUAGUAAAAAACAAGAACUUGCACUCUCCCAUGUAUUUCUUUGUGUGCAGUUUAGCAGUAGCGGACAUGCUGGUGAGCAUGUCCAAUGCCUGGGAGACCAUCACCAUGUACUUAAUAAAUAAUAAGCACCUGGUGAUAGCAGAUGCCUUUGUGCGUCACAUUGACAAUGUAUUUGACUCCAUGAUCUGCAUUUCUGUGGUGGCUUCCAUGUGCAGUUUGUUGGCCAUUGCAGUGGAUAGGUAUGUCACUAUAUUCUAUGCCUUGCGCUACCACCACAUCAUGACAGUGAAGCGUUCCGGGGUGAUCAUUGCAUGCAUCUGGACCUUUUGCACAGGAUGUGGCAUUGUUUUCAUCAUUUACUACGAAUCCACUUAUGUCAUCAUUUGCCUCAUCUCCAUGUUCUUCACGAUGCUGUUUCUCAUGGUGUCUCUGUAUAUACACAUGUUCCUUCUAGUACGAACUCAUGUCAAGCGGAUAGCAGCUCUGCCUGGAUACAGUUCUGUGUGGCAGAGGACCAGCAUGAAAGGCGCCAUCACUCUGACCAUGCUGUUGGGCAUUUUCAUUGUGUGCUGGGCUCCGUUCUUCCUUCAUCUCAUUUUGAUGAUCUCUUGCCCUCAGAAUCUUUACUGUUCCUGCUUUAUGUCUCAGUUCAAUAUGUAUCUCAUACUCAUCAUGUGCAAUUCUGUGAUUGAUCCUCUGAUAUAUGCCUUCCGUAGCCAAGAGAUGAGGAAGACUUUUAAAGAGAUUAUUUGUUGCCAUGGUUUCAGAGUACCCUGUACGUUCCCUAGCAGGUAUUAAACAAAAGCACUCUCUGCAGCUUACUCUUUUCCUUCCUUGACCUUGUGAUGAAGUCAGUUGGGGAUAAGCAAGAUAACUCAAAAUCAAAACUGCACUACACUUAUCUUUUUUUCUACCUUGAAUUAGUACUUAUAGUAUA